AUGGGUGACAAGCCAUCUGUGGCAAGCGCCAUUGACUGGGAUGUGCACUCGCCGCCCGACUCGCCAUUUAUCGCCAAUCCCGCAAUGGCGCAGCGCCUCGCCAUCGCGCCGGCGUACGUGCGCCGCAUGGAAGAGGCCCAGCGCCGCUUCGCCGUGCACGAGGAGCAGCAGUUGGUGUACAACACCGCCCGCACGGACGCCGCGUGGACCGUCGCGCUCCAGUGCGGUUGGUUGGGGGUCGGCGGUUGGCUCACACUGCGUGGGUACCGCUACGCCGAUCCCGUGCAGUCGCUCGUGAGCGGCAUGACGUCCAACCGCGUGCUCUCGCGUCUCUUCACGCCGGUGCCGCUGCUUGGAAUGACGAUCGCCGGCGUGACGGCCGUGCAGCUCCGCUCCGACGUGCAGUUGCUGCUCGCAGCGAGAAGGGCGUGGCAGCAGGAAGAGAACCACAAGGAAGAGGCACUCGCCGCACGCGCAGCGGUGCUUAGUGAAGGUUUGGCGGAGGCGCAGCGAUUAGCAGAAGAGGGGAAAGAGGCGAAGUAA